CAGUAAACAGACAGGUUUAUGUGAGGUUUAUGUCAGUACACAUUUGUUCAGCAUAUUUGGUGAUUCAUCAAUGACCUUACAAAUGGAGCUUAUCAUCAUUACAAUCAACAUUCAAAGUAUUUGCUACCUGUCUAAAUGUCUUUCUAUCUCUAAAUCUAUGCUCUUCAGAUUAGAUAUGUCUCUGUAUGGCUGACCAAAUGAUUUGCACUUUUAAAUUUGUUUUGAUUUGCUCAAAUUAAUUAAUAGACUGAACCAAUGCAGUUCCUACAUUGAGCAUUUUCCUCAGUGUUUCCCCUCCCCGCAAUGUAGGUUUGAUUGAAUUCUAGUAUUUGUGUCAGUCCCCCUGGACAGUGGUUCUCUUCACUGCUCCCUGGGGGCUGGAACUCUGUAGACAAACAUUAACUUUGGGAUAGACACUCUAUAUUUAUGUUCUACUCCUUCCAUUUUUACUGCAUCUACCAUUUGAUCAACAUGAAAUCAUCUCUGACUCUACUGUGUCUGGUGGUAUGGGUGAAUGUGGAUGCUUCAUCAGCUCAGACUGUGUGCAGUGGACCUCUUCCAAAUGUGCCCGAUGCCAGGGUCACUGAGGAAAGCGUCAAAAAUGAGUACAAAGAGGACGAUAUUGUCCUUUUUUCCUGCAACUUUGGCUUUGUACCAGCAGGCAGAAUAAGUUAUCAGUGUAAGAAGAAUAAGUGGGUGGUGGUCCGUCAGGGGAAAUGCAAGCCUAAACCAUGUGAGCUCCCUGAUGAAACUGCCAAUGGCCACUACAGGAUCCACGUUGGAGAUGACUUUGUCUUUGGAACCACUAUCAAAUACACUUGCAAUGACGGUUAUCAGAUUAUGAGCAAAAUGGACAACAGAACCUGUAUGGUGGCAGGAUGGAGCAACCACCUGCCCUUAUGUGAAGUGGUGAGUUGUGUCCCCGAGGCUACAGAUGGACGGGUGGUUGUGAGCGGUCUGCCAGAUGAUGAUGGUGUUAUACAGUACGGUCAUGAGCUCAAGUUCAGCUGCCCCAACCCAGCACACCAGCUGAAGGGAAACCCACAGGUAGUGUGUGCUGCGGGGGGGAUGUGGAACAACCGUUUCCCAACCUGUGAAGAUGUGACUUGUGAAGCUGCAGAGAAGAUUAAGAAUGUGAACGUGAUAGGAAUUCCCCAAAACAACACCAUGAAGGUUGGACACAGGCUACAGUUUGAGUGCAGCAACUCUAAACACAUUCUGAAGGGGAAAUCAGAGGUCACCUGCUCAGUCAAUGGACAGUGGAGUCACUCCAUUCCAAUUUGUUAUGAGCCCAAGGAUUUCUGUGGACCACCUCCACAUGUCAAUAACGGAGACAGAGACAGAACCAGAGAACGCUACAGAAAUGGAGAAUCAGUUCAAUAUGUCUGCCAGAAAUACUACAUCCUUGAUCCCCCUUCAGCUUACAAGACGUGUCGUGACGGGAUCUGGACACGACCGAUAACCUGUCUGAAACCCUGCACUGUGGAUGAAGAGCUGAUGAACACACAGAACAUCCAAUUUAAAUAUCCUCCGGAAGAUCAAAAAGUCUAUGCCACACAUGGAGAUCAUACCACUUUUAAGUGUACUGGUCAUCUUAGACUGAGCCCAGGUAGUGUUGGUUUUCAUCAACAGUGUAUAAAUGGGGUCAUGAACUUGCCUCAUUGCCAAUAGUGGCUUCGUCUUACGCGAAGAGAUGGCCACUUGCUUGUUGGGCAAACAUGUCAAUGAAUAACCCCUGUCAAUAGUUUGUUCAAAUUAUUUUCAGAUUCAUUGUCUGAAUAAAUGUAUGGUAUUUCAUGAUUGUCCAACAUGAAAUAAAGUGCUGCUGGUUCAAAUCUA